AGGAGGGCCGGGCGCGAGCGUCCCCCGCUGCCCCCCGCGGAGGGAAGGGCUCCGGUCCAGGGUCCUGCUCUCCGCUGCCGGUGCAGCGCUGGGCCCCAGUCGCCGAGUGAGAGCUCCCACGGGCGGGGGAAGACCGGAGACCUGCGCGGAGAGGACGCGCCAGCUGGCGGAGGCAGCCCCGUCACGGAGGAGGCGGCGGCGGGGAGGAGGAGGAGAAGAAGCAGCCGGCUCGGAACCUCGCCUCGCCUCACAGCCUCUUCGCCGUUACUGCCUCACCCGUCCCUGGCCGCCGGAGCUACCGGCGGCCGCCCGUCCUCAUGAUGGCCUCAACCACUACCUGCACCCGGUUCUCCGAUGAGUAUCAGCUCUUCGAGGAGCUCGGGAAAGGGGCGUUCUCCGUAGUGAGGAGAUGCAUGAAAAUCACCUCAGGACAGGAGUACGCCGCCAAGAUUAUCAACACCAAAAAGCUUUCGGCUAGGGACCACCAGAAACUGGAAAGAGAAGCUAGAAUCUGUCGCCUCUUGAAGCAUCCCAAUAUUGUGCGGCUUCAUGACAGCAUAUCAGAAGAAGGAUUCCAUUACUUAGUCUUUGACUUAGUCACAGGAGGUGAAUUAUUUGAAGAUAUAGUUGCAAGAGAAUAUUAUAGUGAAGCAGAUGCCAGUCAUUGUAUACAGCAGAUUCUAGAAAGUGUUAAUCAUUGUCAUCUAAAUGGCAUAGUUCACAGAGACCUGAAGCCUGAGAACUUGCUUUUAGCUAGCAAAUCCAAGGGAGCAGCAGUAAAGCUGGCGGACUUUGGUCUGGCUAUAGAAGUCCAAGGAGAGCAACAAGCUUGGUUUGGCUUUGCUGGCACUCCAGGAUACCUUUCUCCAGAGGUGUUACGAAAAGAUCCUUAUGGAAAACCUGUGGAUAUGUGGGCAUGUGGUGUCAUUCUUUAUAUCCUCCUGGUGGGAUAUCCUCCUUUCUGGGAUGAAGACCAGCACAGGCUUUACCAGCAGAUCAAGGCUGGCGCUUAUGAUUUUCCCUCACCAGAAUGGGAUACAGUGACUCCUGAAGCAAAAGACCUUAUCAACAAAAUGCUUACCAUCAACCCAGCAAAACGUAUCACAGCAUCAGAAGCACUAAAGCACCCAUGGAUCUGUCAACGUUCUACUGUUGCCUCUAUGAUGCACAGACAGGAGACUGUAGAUUGUCUGAAGAAAUUCAAUGCAAGAAGAAAACUAAAGGGGGCCAUUUUGACAACUAUGCUGGCUACCAGAAAUUUUUCAGCAGCCAAGAGUUUACUGAAAAAGCCGGAUGGCGUUAAGAAAAGGAAGUCCAGUUCGAGUGUUCAGAUGAUGAUAAACAACAAAACCAACGUGGUAACCAGCCCCAAGGAAAAUAUUCCUACCCCGGCGCUGGAGCCCCAAACUACAGUAAUCCACAACCCUGAUGGAAAUAAGGAAUCAACAGAGAGUUCUAAUACAACCAUUGAAGAUGAGGAUGUGAAAGCUCGUAAGCAGGAGAUUAUCAAAGUCACUGAGCAGUUGAUUGAAGCUAUCAACAACGGAGACUUCGAAGCUUACACAAAAAUCUGUGAUCCAGGUCUUACGUCUUUUGAACCUGAAGCUCUGGGUAAUCUGGUAGAAGGGAUGGACUUUCACCGGUUUUACUUUGAAAAUGCUUUAUCCAAAAGUAAUAAGCCAAUCCACACCAUUAUCCUCAAUCCUCACGUCCACCUUGUGGGUGACGAUGCCGCGUGCAUUGCGUACAUCCGGCUGACACAGUACAUGGAUGGGAGCGGGAUGCCAAAGACAAUGCAGUCCGAGGAGACACGGGUCUGGCACCGCAGGGAUGGGAAAUGGCAGAAUGUUCAUUUUCACCGUUCAGGGUCACCAACAGUACCCAUCAAUGCCUAGCACAGCGGGAUCCCCACCAUGACUUCAGCCCCUAGAUGCUACGCUAAAAAACAUCAGCGAUGCUGCUCUUGCAUUUUCUGUACCCAAUGCACCUGGUUGAUUACCAUCUUGGCCAUCCCGUUCUCUUCAUGCAUGUUUCUGAGUGCAUGAAGUUGUGAAGGUUCUUCAUGUAACACAUUUGUGAUGCACCAUGUUGCUGUAUAUUCCAUCUGUACACUGUUAACAUUUCAAUGAAGGUGAUGUUCCACACAAAUAGAGAAUAACAAGGCAUAAGAGACAAAAGAAAGAUGUUUGAUGGACAGCAGUAAAUACAGAAUACAUUUGUCACUUUCUCCAUUUAUGCCAAGUUUUGACAGACAACUUUAAAAUCUAUCCUGUUUAUUAAAAAAAGAAAAAAAAAAAAAAGAAAAAGUACAUUUUACAUUUCUUUUUAAGAGCUGUUUUUUGACUUCUCCUUUUUGCCCUCUUCUGAGUCCCAGGAUUUUGCUUUGGUUCUUGUAGGAAUGGUUAAGAUUUCUGCUGGCAGCUCUUACUCUAAAACAGAUUUUUAUUAUAGCAUGCAGACAGACAAAAUCACUGAUAAAUAUGGAAGUGGUAAUAUCUUGGCUUUGUACCAGCUGAAGCCUUUUUAGUUUAUUAGUCUGUGUAAACUGGAAAAAUCUUACCAUUUACUGGCUUAGUCACUGCAGAAUUAACUGCCAAUAUUCUGGUGUGCCAGCAGCUGCUUUUUUUGUUUUCUUACUAUGUUAAAUGAAAAUUACUAUUGGAUGAUCAAGCAAAAUUGAAAAUUGUGAGAAACUAAGUGAGACCGAGGGGCAGGUUUUGAGGAUUAAAAUGGAAGAAUAGAGACAGAUUUAUUUUUUUUUAUCACUAUUAGUGUGUACUGUAAAUUUUUUAAGGAGGCUUUAAAAAAUACAAGAUACUGGUUAGGCUCUAGACCAGUUGUUAAUGCACUCGAGAAAUAUAGGCCUUAAAAGCUUAGUAUAAAGAGUUUACGUACUUUACACUGCUGCUGUUGCUUUUCUGGAAAUGUAUUCUGGAUACACUGGUUUUCUAGUAAGACUCUUAACACUUUAUCACAGAUUUGUUCCCCCCUCCCUCCAAUCUGCUCUUGGUUACUGUAAAUCCUCACGCAGCAAACAGGACCGAGGGAACCACACUGGCAGCACCGCCGGCUCUGCUUGUUGCCUGUCCCUGGCUGCUGCGCAGGGAACGCUCUUGGUGUCACUUCAGAACACAAACUUUUAACAGGGACUUGUUUUCCUUCCCUUGUGUUGCCGUACAAGCAAGGUUUAUUCCUUUCCAAUUUUAACAGAAAGAGACAGGAAUUGGUUAUUUCUUCUCCAUUUGUUAAUUGUUCCGUUACCAACAGGGCUCACUGUUUGCUGCAGCGCUGGAUAGUGCACGAGAUCUCAAUCAGUGUCCUUUUUAGCACUUAAAAAUUUACAAAGUUUUUAAAAUGGGGAACACUUCCUAAUUUGUACCAUUUCACCUUUCUGUGUUGAUUACUAAUCAAAAGCAGUUCUUAAACAUUUUGAUGUUGUUAUUAGUGGAUAUAUAGUAGAUGGAUUUAAGCUUCUCUGAUAAUUACUACAUGAUUUUAAACAAUAUAUAUUUAAAAUAAGCAUCUACAAUAAAUGUGUUGAGCCAUAUUAACCUGCCAAUGGGAUCUGUGAAAAAAGUAAUGGCCUAAUUUUUUUUCUCAUUUAUUUCUUUACUUUUUUUUUUUCUGUGAAGCAGCUAUAAGUGGCAUAACUGUAUUUAAAAUUAACAAGUUAGGUGUAGGGUGUUUUUUUUAUACUUCUAACAUAGCAUGUGGUGUUGAUGUAUUACUGUAGACCAAGUUUGUCUUCCACACCAAGACGUGAGGAAAUUGUGAUUUGUUCUCUCCACCACAAUGGAAUUAUACACCUCUGUCAUUUUGGAACACUGCAGUUUAUCAUGGGACACAGUGUACAUAUUUCUUGCCAUAAUGGUAAAUGAUUGAUAUAUUUAAGAAUUAAUAAAUUUGUGAUUUCUGCUGACACUGUG